CUAUACUUUACAGUAAAUUGAACACAUUUGACAGCCGGAAGUUGCAGAUAAAACACGUAAACAUAAUGUAUAGUGUGUUUCAAUGGGUACAUAUGUGACUUGAAGAUCUACAUAGAAGAUUGAUAAGUAACGAUGCACAAGAGACAGUAUUCAGACAAUAUAUCCAUGAUGAAAGGACCGAAGCAGUGUGGCCAUUGUGGCUGUAUUUGUGAUGGAAACUUUACUCACACAAGUCAUAAUUUAGACCUUCAGCAAAAGAUAGAAGAGCUACAGAGUGAGUUAUUGAAGAGCAAGGCUCGCAUGUCUAAUUUAGAACAGGAGUAUGAUAACAGGUUGCAGGCCACUAAUUAUGAACUUCUCAAGUUAAGGGAGGAGUUUGUAAAACUUAGGGACAGAUAUGAAAGGUUAAUGGAAAGUCAUAAACGAAUGCAGAAAAUAAAUGACAACCUUGAAAAUAAAUUGCUCAAUGUUGUAAAUUCAACAGAAUCGGAGAAAACACAGCUACAGAAAGAGAUGGCUGCUCUCACAUCUAAAAUAGUUGAUGCAAAAUCAUUAGUGUGUGACCUUGAGGAAGAAAAUGAGAGAUACAGAAAUGACUGUAACUGGGCAGUCCAGUUACUACAGUGUAAACCUAGUAAUUUUGUAGCUCAGAAGUUAAAUGCUUUACCGAUUGGUCUUCAGGAGCGUGUAAAAUGUCACAUGACCAGCGAGCAAAUAAUCAACAUGGAUAACGGGAAUCAGGAGAAAACUAAACUUAUACACGUUCCAAUGCAAACAUUUCCCCCAACAGCGAUGGUUUAUUCCGUACCGAAACAAAAAGACACUUCCAAUGGCACGAGUGAAAAUCAGGAUGUUCCAACAUCCUUGAUCGCAAAAGUUUUAACACAGCCUGACACUAAACGUAGACCUCAGCGAACAUACUUUUGUGUAAAAUGUCGCGAAGAUUAUCAUUUUGCUCACAAAGAGACGCAGACUAAUUGUGUGAAAGAAGUGGAGCGUGGUGUUAAAAUGGCAAUAAAAGUGCAUAGGAAAGUUAACAGUUUUUCACAGUUGCCAUACAUGGACACAUGAUCAUUGAUGUGCUGAAGAUGUACAUGUAUUAUGUUGUUGUUAUUUAUUGACAUGAUUCACAAAUUGGCCAAAAUGUUUAAACUGCUUUAAGAGGACAACUUGAUUUGUAGUUAUGGUAUUUCAUUAGCAUAUAAUGCUAGCCAAUGAUAUUUCUUCUGUUUAAUAAGCUUAUAAUGCUAGCCAAUGGUGUUUAUUGCAUUUAGUUAGCAAAUGAUGUUAGCCAAUGGUAUUCAUUGUAUUUAAUUAACUUAUAAUGCUAGCCAAUAAUUAGCCAAUUGUAUUGAUUGUAUUAAAUAUGCUUAUAAUGCUAGCCGAUGGGAUUCAUUGUAUUUAAUCAGUUAAAAUGCUAGCCAAUAGUGUUCAUUGUAUUUAAUUAGCUUAAAAUGCUAGCCAAUGGGAUUCAUUGUAUUUAAUUAGCUUAAAAUGCUAGCCAAUGGGAUUCAUUGUAUUUAAUUAGCUUAUAAUGCUAGCCAAUGGGAUUCAUUGUAUUUAAUUAGCUUAUAAUGCUAGCCAGUGGUAUUCAUUGUAUUUAAUAAGCAAAUAAUGCUAGACCAAAUAAGUAGCGGGAAUAAUUUAUAGUUAGCACUGCAUUAUACAUUACAGUAGUCUAAAAUUUCUUAUAUUUAUUUUCACCCAAUAAGAAAUCAUUUGAAAAGUGGUAUUUAUUCUUCUAUCAUUUUUGUUUAUAUUAUUUACAUUUAUAAUAUUCUGUGAACUAACUUUUUAGUGGUAGUAUCACUGCUGUAAUUAAAGCUGUGGUAGUAUCAAGAGAUUGUUUUACAUAGGUUAUUAUUGUAUUUUUCUGCUAUUAGUUAUUUAGUUAAACAAAGAAAACUCUGCAUUAUGCUAUAUAUAAUCAUAGACUCUAAUCAAAGUCUGUGAUAUAAUUUAUUGAUGUGAAAAACAUACUCCUGACUUAAUCAAUUUAUUGUUUUCAACGUUAUUUAUUAUACUAGUUUGAUUUUAAUUUUGUUUCAUAAUUUUUAAUUAUAAAAAUAAAGAUAGAUAAUCUGUUAUGCCUCCUGUGUAAUUUGUUAUAUGCUACACUAGUUCUUGGAAAAAGUUAAUGAUUAGUGAUUUUGUAUGUUUUUCAACAAAUUUUCUAUUUGUACCUUAAAAAUGUUAUUAAGUUUUUAUGUCAUAUAAGCAAUAAGUCAUAAUGGGACUAUGUGAAUAUUUUUGUAAUAAUAAUUAUCAAAAGAAAAAGAGGGUCUUAAAAUACAAGAAAAUGUAGUUAAUGUUCAGGCUUUAGGAGAACUCUGUUAGUGCCAUGAGUAAAAACUGUCAAAAUUUGAUUGAAUUUGAAUUUACCAGGAUGCUUAUAUUUCUCUAAAGUCUGAUCUAUAAGAGAAUGGGUUGACUGUAGAUUAAACAAAAAAAUGAAUAGUGACAAUAACUCUUUUCCUUCCUUGUAUUGAAAGCUGCAUUCAGUAAUAACAUACCAAUCUAGAAAUAGUAAUGCAACAUUUAGUCUUUAAUAUUAAACUUUGGUUCAGAAAAUUUUCCUAUGAUCUCCUUUAUAUAUUAUGAGGGUUGUCCAAAAGAUUCGUGCACUGCAGUUAUUGUUGUGAGAGUUAUUGAUAAAAAAACAUGAAUUCUAUAUCACAUGAAGGGGAAAUCUGUCUCAAAUAAGAAAACAAAAGAAAACCCGGUGUAACCAGUGUGUCGUGAAAACGAAUCAUCAUAGUAACAUUAUACCGGCACACGGCAAACAAUAACUGCAGUGCACAAAUUUUUUAGACAACCGUCUUUGCUUUGCCCUCUACUUUUUUUUGUUCAGUGCUCUGCUGGGCUCCAUGCCUUUGUUUUUGUGUUCCUGAAUUUCCUUCGAAUUUCCUUCGGGUUUGUGCUGUUAUAAUGUUACCCUUUCUUGUUGAUCUUUGUUCUCAUAGUUUAAGAAUUCCUUUAAACCGAAAAAAAAUGUUGUGUUAAUUAUACAUUGUGUUGAAAAUACUAGGUAAUCAUGUAAAAUUUGUUAAAUAUAGUUUACUGUUCAACCUGCCAUUAAUUAUCCGACCAAUGUCAUGUUUGUAUCAUGUGUUUAACAUGUUCAUUCAUUUAAUUCAUUUUGAUAAGGAUAACAACAAUUUUUUCUAUUAAUAUUAUCAUUAAUAUUAAUAUUAAUAUUAACAA